UGUCUUCUUGUUGCAAGAUGCCAGAACAUCUCUGGAAACCAGCCAGUAGGAACAACCCUACCUAUGGGCCAACUCUUUGCAAGAGAAGGGAAACAUUUCUUCACCGCCAAGGAGAGCAACAAACCGCAGAAGGUGAUCGGCAAAUUGGUGGGACAGAAGAAGACACCAUGACCUCUCUGAUGGAACAAGAAAUUGCAGAGUUCAAGGAAGCCUUCAUGCUCUUUGACCGGAAUGGAGAUGGGACCAUCACCACUAGGGAACUUGGAACCGUCAUGAGGUCCUUGGGGCAAAACCCCACCGAAGCUGAGCUGCGGGAGAUCGUCCAGAAGCUGGAAGCUCACAAAAACGGCACCAUUGACUUCCCCGAGUUCUUGAACCUGAUGGAAAAGGAAGUCAAGAACCGAGAUUGUGAGGAGAUCCGGAAAGCUUUCCAGGUAUUUGACAAGGAUGGGAACGGUUACAUCUGCGCUGCGGAGCUGAGGUAUAUCAUGACCAACCUCGGGGAGAUGUUGUCCAACGAAGAAGUCGAGGAGAUGUUGAAGGUGGCAGACCUGGAUGGUGAUGGGCAGUUAAAUUAUGAGGAAUUCCUGAGGAUCAUGACCAGCAAGUGAAGAGGGCGACCAAGCCGUGGAGAUCUUCGCCUCUAAAAAUCAACGUAAUUUAGGACUUUGGGUCAUAUGCAGCCUUCAUAAUGUGGCCUGGUGAGGACAGCUAGGACAAUCAGUUUUGGUGGGACGUGAUCGAUGGAAAGAACCUAAAUCAGACUUGGGGAUGCAAACUGAACUUCGGCUGUGGGUGUUUGUUAAUGUUUUUCUCUGCUUCCAAGAAGUGUAUGGCAUCUUUUGGGAUCAAAAGAUAUUCUUGACUUGUAGUCUUGUGGAGAAACGAGAUAUGGAUAUACGGGGAGAUUUCUGCAGAAAAUUAUCCCCAGUUGCUCCUGCUCAGUAACUUAACUCUAGCAAAUCAAAUAAAUGUCUAAUUGCUCUUGUCCUAA